AAACCUAACGAUAGCAAUAAUCAUCCCAAAGAAGCUCAACAGGUCGUCUUUUCUGUGAACCCCAGGAAAGUGUAGAAAAGACGGAAGCUGUUUGUGUAUAACGCUUGGAUCGAUCAUCAAAACUGAUUCUCCUACAAUAUAUGAUGGUGUUGUCACAUCUUCACGGAGCAUUCAAGGAUACGGUGGAGAGAAUCACUAGCCCUCGUACCGUCUCUGCUUUCAAAGAAAAAGGCGUUCUCAGCGUCAGCGAAUUCGUCAUAGCUGGCGAUAAUCUUGUCUCCAAAUGCCCUACCUGGUCUUGGGAAUCAGGUGAGUCUAGUAAGAGGAAGUCUUAUUUACCAUCAGACAAGCAAUUCUUGAUAACUAGAAAUGUUCCUUGUCUGAGAAGAGCUGCAUCAAUAGAGGAAGAAUAUGAGGCUGCUGGAGGUGAAGUUCUUCUUGAUAAUGAGGACAAUGAUGGCUGGCUGGCAACUCAUGGCAAACCAAAAGAAAACAAUGGUGCUGAGGAUGAUAAUUUGCCAUCUAUAGACGCAUCAGAAAUCAACAAAAAGAACACUAUCCAGUCAAUCCCAUCAUACUUUGGAGGCGAGGAAGAGGAGGACAUACCUGACAUGGGAGAGUAUGAGGAAGCUGACAAUCUUAUAGAAACAGACCCGGCUACCCUUCAGACUACAUAUCUUGUGGCCAAUGAGCCUGAUGAUGACAACAUUCUAAGAACACGAACCUAUGAUGUCAGCAUCACGUAUGACAAAUAUUAUCAAACACCUCGUGUGUGGCUCACUGGAUAUGAUGAGUCAAGGAUGCUUUUGCAACCAGAACUCGUACUUGAAGAUGUCAGUCAAGACCAUGCACGCAAGACGGUGACCAUUGAAGACCAUCCACAUCUUCCAGGGAAACAUGCUUCUGUGCAUCCUUGCCGACACGGUGCUGUGAUGAAGAAAAUUAUUGAUGUUUUGAUGUUGAGAGGAGUUGAACCCGAAGUUGACAAGUAUCUUUUCCUGUUCUUGAAGUUUGUGGCUUCGGUUAUUCCAACGAUUGAAUAUGAUUACACCAUGGACUUUGAUCUUGGUAGCAGUAGCACCUGAUUUGCAGUCAACUUCCUUCGAUAGAUGCUGGCAUAUAACAUGUCAACCAGUCAAAUACUCUAAUGACAAUACCUAUUUAUAAAUAGUACAGUGUUUAUAAACGAUCUUCUAGAAAUGUGGAGCAUGCAUGAUGAAUUGUCAGCAUGGCUUGUUUAUUUUGUAUAUUAACAAAGAAUUAAGGUUAUUCAAGUUUGCACUUUGCACGAUCCA